AUGCCUGAAAAACUGCCUAGUCCGCUGCCAGCCCCUCGACCUUGGUUACCGAACGCGCCAGACGAGGAUUCACACAAUGAGAAAGAAAGCAACGAAAAGAGACAAGCGACCGAAGAGUUGGUAUUGCCCAGUAGCCAGUCAUCUCAGACGAGUGUGGCAUCUACCGAACACGCCGUGCCAGAGGAGGAAACCGAGCCAGGCUUGGCCAGCAGGGUACUAAGCCGCAUCACAUCAAGGACAAGCAUCACGCCUGGUCCUGCCCCUGAUGGAGGCUUUAGGGCGUGGAUGAGCGUUCUCGGUACGCACCUGGUUGUCAUGAACACUUGGGGCGUGAUCAAUUCUUUUGGAGUUUUUCAAAGCUACUACGUGCAAGCCCUUCAACGACCGCCAUCCGACAUCGCGUGGAUCGGGUCUAUCGAAGUCUUUUUCCUCUUCUUCAUUGGCACCUUUACUGGCCGCCUCACCGACGCCGGCUUCUUCCUCCCCAUCACUAUCCUAGGCUCCAUUCUGGUUGUUCUCGGAACUUUGGUGACUUCAGCUUGCACGCAAUAUUGGCAGGUCUUCCUCGCCCAGGGUGUAUGCGUCGGUCUGGGCAACGGGUGUCUCUUCUGCCCGGCUAUUGCUAUUAUCUCGACCUACUUCCAGAAGUAUAGAUCGAUCGCAAUAGGACUGACAGCUUGCGGGAGUGUAACAGGAGGUCUAGUCUUCCCGGGCAUUGUACGGGGGCUACUUCCGCGUGUAGGAUUCAGCUGGACGCUUCGGGUUAUUGGCUUAAUGCAGGCAGGGUGUUUCGUCAUCUCCUUGCUAUCGCUAAAACCCAGAAUUCCACCGCGAAAGAGUGGGCGACUGGUUGAGUGGUCUGCGUUCAAGGAGUUGGAGUAUACAUAUUACGCUCUGGGCGCAUUUAUGUGCUUUUGGGGGGUAUACUUUGCAUUCUUUUUCAUUGCUGCAUAUGCUCGCGAUAUUCAGGGAAUGUCUUACUCUAAGUCCCUCGACGUUAUCAUGGUCAUGAGUGGAGUCGGUAUUCUCGGCCGCCUCGUACCCAACUACUUUGGCGAUCGGAUUGGAGCAUUGACCGUCUUUGUACCGACGGCUGGGCUCGGAGCUUUGCUCGUAUGGUGCUGGAUAGCCGUCAAUUCCCAGGCUGGUCUCUAUGCUUGGGCUGCUGUUAGUGGCCCUGCCUUGGGAGGCAUUCAGGCCAUGUUCCCUUCAGCGUUGGCGUCUUUAACGAAGGACCCAAGCAAGCAGGGUACGAGAAUCGGCAUGAUUUUUACUAUCGUGAGUUUUGCGGUCUUGACUGGUACCCCUAUCGCGGGCACACUUAUAUCCGCAAUGAACGGUCGAUAUAUUGGUGCGCAAGCAUUCGCGGGGGCUUGCUUGACUCUUGGCACCGGUUUCUUAGCCGUUGCGAGGCAGGUUAAAAGGAGGAAGGAAGGGGAUAUAGCACAGGUUAAGGUGUGA